UAGUAACAUAUAGGAUUUUUACAAAGUCGUUUAUCUAUUGACCCCAAGUUUGUAAUUUAUUGUGUUUUAGAUAUUAUUAAAGGAACGUCACAAAUUUUUAGUGGGGCGUUUUGAUACAAAUCAAAUAACAAUAGAUCUGAUGAAAUUAAUGUAGUUUAAUCUGCCCCUAUAUCGUGAUUAUUUGUGUUUUGACUGUUGAAGAUGGAGGGUGGACCGAACAUACAGGAUGUGGCUGAACAGAGUGAAGAAACCCAUGAAGAAGUUCCAAGGGGGUGUUGUAACUUUUUCUGUCACCCCCUUAGGGGGGCACACAGAUUUAUUGUUUUAAUUUUUUUGUGUUUUCUUGGAUUUGGUUCCUAUUUUUGUUAUGACAAUCCUGCAGCUUUAAAGACAAAUAUGAUGAAAGAUCUCAACCUAAAUGAUAUUCAGUAUGGACUUCUAUAUUCCUUGUACUCCUGGCCCAAUGUUUUUAUGUGUUUUAUUGGUGGAUAUUUAAUUGAUAGAGUUUUUGGUAUAAGAUUGGGCACAAAUAUUUUCAUGGGGCUCACAUUUUUGGGGCAAAUUAUUUUUGCUGGAGCCACAUACAUGAACAUAUUCUGGCUUAUGCUUGUUGGUAGAUUUAUUUUUGGCAUUGGGGCUGAAUCUCUAGCCGUGGGUCAAAAUAAUUAUGCAGUGCAAUGGUUUAAAGGCAAAGAAUUGAACAUGGUUUUCGGGCUUCAACUAAGUUUUGCCAGAAUUGGCAGCACUGUAAAUUUUAAAGUGAUGGAUGGCAUUUACAACUGGGUUAAUGAAAAAUACACUGGGCCCCAGGGAAUGGGGAUUGUUUUGUUUAUAGCUACUUCAACAUGCGUUUUAUCGAUGGUAUGCUCUUUGGUGGUGGGGGUAUUCGACAAACGCGCAGAAAAAAUCUUAAACAGAGACGCAUCGCGUGGCGGCGAGGUUGUCAGAUUGACCGACGUGUUCACCUUUAAACCGGCAUUUUGGUUCGUGUGCGUCAUCUGCGUCGCAUACUACGUUGCCAUAUUUCCCUUCAUCUCUUUCGUACAGGACUUUUUCAUGUCAAAAUUCCAUUUAACCAAGGAUGAAGCCAAUUCUGUGGCUAGUAUAGUUUAUUUAAUUUCUGGUUUUGCUUCCCCAGUACUUGGUUUUUGCAUUGAUAAAACUGGAAGAAAUAUUAUUUUUAUAGUAACAGCUAUUUGUGCAACAAUAGUAGCUCAUUCUCUUAUUGCAUGGAGUACUUUUAAUCCAUAUUAUGGAAUGUGCCUUAUGGGAAUUGCUUAUUCAGCAUUGGCCAGUAGUUUAUGGCCUUUGGUUUCACUUAUCAUUCCCGAAUAUCAACUGGGAACUGCAUAUGGAGUAUGCCAAGCAAUUCAAAAUUUGGGAUUGGCUGUGAUGUCAAUUGUAGCAGGUGCUAUCAUACAUAAUUAUGACUUCGAGAGGCUGGAGUUUUUCUUCAUUGGCUGUUUGUUGGUUGCUCUAUUGGCUACCAUGGCUCUGUUUACCUACGAUAUCGUCACCAAAGGAGUUUUAAACAUGACGCCGAAACAAAGGCAAAGAUUACUAGACACAAACGUUCCUGAAAUAGUAAAUGGUGCUGGAGCAUCAGAUUCGACAGAAAAUUUAGUUGACGAUAAAGAAUAUCAUGUGAGACACAGUAAUCCACCAACCAGGGGGGAUUAAACUAGGUAAUAAUAAAUAAUUAGGUAAUUAAAUGUGAUGACGUGAUAAUAACAAAUUAAGACUAAAAUAUGUUAUAUCAUAUUUAGUUUAUAGAGUAGGUAGAUUUUAAUUAAUUUGAUAUAAAUGCAAUGAAGACUAUAAAGUGUACUUAUUAGUUCACACCAGAUACUGUUACCGUCUUUUUAUUUAGAGUUUAUUUUUAAGUUAAUUUUGUACAUAUAAAAAUAAUAAUAAAAAUGUAUACAAUUAUUUUAAUUAGCAAAUUAAUUUUCAUGAUGGAGAAUAUUAUUAAACCAUGC